GGGGGCCAUGCAUCCUUCUCUCUUUUUAAACGUAAACGCCUAUAAAAAGAAGUAGGCCUGUCUGUCUGUGUAAAGAAAGAUCUCAUCUCAUCAAAGGAAGCGAAAAAGAAAAGUUUUAGUAGAGAGAGCAGCCUUUUUCCUUUCUCCCUUUUGUCCUUAAGCAAAGAAUCCAAGGGAAGUUUCUUACAAAGUCUUCCAUUUCAGCAAAAUCUUUUAAGUAUAAAUUAACUCAUAAUUAUCCCACUUUAAUUUCUUUCCUUAGAAAAGGUUCAAAGUCUCUGGUUUUCACUUUCUUCCUCUAAAUUAAAGCUGUGUUUCUUAGAUAUUUAAUUUGCAUAAAGAAAAAUGGGUUUAGGAGGAACUUUGGAGUAUAUUUCUGAUAUCAUGAGCAGUGAUAAGCCCAGAAAGAAGAAGAAGCAGUUUAAUACAGUGGAGCUCAAAGUCAGAAUGGAUUGUGAUGGCUGUGAACUUAAAGUCAAGAAAGCUCUUUCUUCCUUGAGUGGAGUGAAGUCUGUGGAGAUAAACAGGAAACAACAGAAGGUGACAGUAACAGGAUAUGUGGAAGCAAACAAGGUGUUAAAGAAGGCAAAGUCAACAGGGAAGAAAGCAGAGAUAUGGCCUUAUGUCCCUUACAAUUUGGUGUCUCAGCCCUAUGCUGCAGCAGCUUAUGACAAGAAAGCACCACCUGGUUAUGUCAGAAGACUUGAUCACAACAACUCAACUACUGCAACAGUUGCAAGAUAUGACGACCCUGCCUAUAUCAACAUGUUUAGUGAUGACAACCCUAAUGCCUGCUCCAUCAUGUAAUAAUUAAUUCCAAACAAGUUUAAGACAGCUAUAUCAUGGGAGUAAUAUUCAAAAAGUUUAGAGCACUGCAAGUUUGUUUGCAGGGUUUUGGGAUUGGGUCCAAAGGUUAAUUACUGUAAUUGUAAGUUUUGCAUGGGUGUUAAUGAGCCGGGUAUCUAUCAUAAAUAAUUUUCUACCUCCGCAAGAUUGGGGUAAGGUUUCCGUUGUUGUUGCAUGGGUGUUAAUGAGUAGGUGUUGGGUUUUUGGUAAAGUCUGGAGUACUGAAAAAGCAGUCAAGAAAAUAAUUAGGAAUUUAGAAUGAGGGCGGUUGUAAUAAACCUACUACUUGUAGUAAUAGAAGAAUACUACAUUGUCAUUUUGAA